CUACCAUAACAAAGCGGAAGUUGAUUGAAUCUUUUUCCGGGGUAGGCAUCGAACGCGUUUGUGUUACUGAACCUACGUAGCUCGCUAUUUUCGGUGGUCGUGAUCUGGAGCGAGGGUCUUAUUGUCUCAGGGACAGAAGCGGGAUCUCCUACAUAGGCUGUUGCUAUGGCUAUGCAAGCUGCGAAACGCGCCAACAUCCGUCUGCCCCCUGAAGUUAACCGAAUUUUAUAUAUCAGAAACUUACCAUAUAAAAUCACAGCUGAAGAAAUGUAUGACAUUUUUGGAAAAUACGGGCCAAUUCGACAAAUCAGAGUAGGAAAUACUCCUGAAACCAGAGGUACAGCUUAUGUUGUCUAUGAAGAUAUCUUUGAUGCCAAAAAUGCUUGUGAUCAUCUGUCAGGAUUCAACGUGUGCAACAGAUACCUUGUUGUCUUAUACUAUAAUGCAAACAGGGCAUUCCAAAAGAUGGAUACAAAGAAGAAGGAAGAACAGCUCAAACUUCUGAAGGAGAAAUAUGGAAUAAAUACAGACCCACCAAAAUAAGACUUUAAACUUUCUUGAGGAACUCUUUCUUUUUGGACUUUUUUUUUAAUCCUAUCAAUAUUUCUAGAGUAAGUUUCUCCCAGAAUGUGCAUGCUAAGUUGGAAGCAUGGACAUUUUUGAUUCUUAGAUUUAUUACAAAGACCACUUGAUAAUUCCAACUUCGGAAAGACUUGUGACUGCUCUGUAAUUCCAGUGACUGGCACUUUGAAAUGUAGAUUAGCAAUGGCAUUUAGUACAUUGUUGCAGAUAUUUUCCAUAGUUCAGAGGCUUAUACAAGUCUUUGUGUAGUUUAAUCAAUAUAAUAAUUACAGUUGUGAGAACAUGUAAAAUAUUCUGGGAUUAAAUGUUGUAUUUAAUCUGUUAAGAAAAGUAUACUCAUUUCUUAAAAAAUACUAUGUUUUGGGUUUCACAAAUGAACCUAAAUAAUUUGUCUUAUCCAGUGGCAUGAAGAUAAGCUGUAGCAAAGAA